UGUGUGUGCGUGUGUGUGUAUAUAUAUAUAUAUAUAUGUAUUAGGGUGUCCCAUAAGUUUUUUCCGCGCCACGCUCUGUAUGACCUCGAACCGGCUAUGUUAGUAAACAUGUAGGUUUAUCUAUUGUCUGUUUAUGGCAUCAAUUUCAGUCGUCUCACAGCUCUUUCAAAGUACGUGUCGUUUCUGACUAAGUCUCUUUUAAAAUCCUUUUCUACGCCGUUCAAUAUGGAUAGCCAAAAGAAGCAUUUGCGGCAUGUUAUGCUUCAUUACUUUAAAAAAGGUAAUAGUACAAAGGACACUAGAGAAGAGAUUUGCACCGUUUAUGGGAGUUAUACCACGACUAUUAGAACCGUCUGCAAUUGGUUUAAGAAAUUUAGAGCUGGCAAUUUUGAUUUGAAAGAUGAAGAACGCAGCGGCCGCCCAGCAACGACGGAUACGGAUCUCAUCAAGAGUAUGCUAGCUGAAAAUCUGCGAUAUAAUGUGUGCGAGAUAGUGGAUGCCACUAACAUUCCCAGGACAACGGUACAUAAUCAUGUCAUCAAGAUGGGAUAUGUGAAUCGGUAUGAAGUUUGGGUUCCACGCCAAUUGACGGAGACCGACCUUAUGAACCGUGCCUCUACGUGCGAUUUGCCUCUUUAGCAACAUGAAAAAAAUUCUUUUUUAAAGAGGCUUGUCACUGGAGACGAGAUUUGGAUUUUAUAUUAAAAUGUGCAUCGAAAAUGCACAUUUUGUCUAAGGAAAAUCAAUCUUCAACUGUUGCGAGGCCAAGACUUCAUCCGAAGAAAGUUCUUUUGUACAUUUGGUGGGACUGGAAAGGUGUAGUAUAUUACGAGCUCUUUCCACAAGGUGAAACGAUCAAUUCUGCAAAAUAUUGCAAUCAACUUGAUAAAUUGAAAGCUGCCAUAGCCGAAAAACGACCAGAAUUUAUGAAAUGACGAGGUAUCGUUUUUCGUUACAACAACGCAAGACCGCAUGUUCCGUUGCCCAUAAGACAGAAACUCUUACAGUUCGAUAGGGACGUUCUACCUCAUCCUCCGUACUCCCCAGACCUUGCUCCAUUCGAUUAUUACUUGUUUCUCUCGUUAAAAAAAUUCUCUCCGCGAUAAAUGUCACAAAUUCAAAAGCGAAAUAAAAACGCACCUCGAUGAAUAUUUUGCAAGUAAGUCUCAAUAAUUUUGGAAAGAGGCAUAAUGAGGCUUCCUGAGAGAUGGAAGAAGGUAAUAGAGCAGAAUAGUUCACAUAUAAUAUAGUUAAUCAACUUUAAACAACAAAUAUCGUCUAUUGAUUUCGCAUUAAAAAAAAGGAAAAAACUUAUGGGACACCCUAAUAUAUAUAUAUAUAUAUAUAUAUACAUACACCAAACUAAUUCCAAUGUACGAGUUAUUUUACGUUGGAGGAUAUAAUAUGAUAUAUUGUUCUUUUCUGAUUGAUUUUAUAUCUACUUUAUAUUACAUGUAAUUUAAAUUAUUAUUGUUAUUUAUAAGAGAAUGAUCGUUGUGUAUUUUACAUUGUAUAAAAAUCAGUAUUUAUCUCGUCGACUAUCUCGACGAAUUUUUCGAUAAAUUUAAAAAAUUUUUUGUUCAUUAAAAAGAAAUUAUCAUUUUUAAUCGUUUCUCGAUAUCGUCGUGCGUUAAAAAGCAUAUAUUGCGUCAGCAUAGUUCCGUCGAUACGAAGUAUUAUUAGUAUAUUUACAUACGUUAUUUAUAAAAAUACCAUCGAGGAUUAGAGGAAAGCAGCGUAUGUAUUGUAAAUAAUUUUUUUUCGUUU